UGAUUGGAGCGAGGUUACACGUACCAUGUGACACUCAUGUGAUACUGAUGGGUAAUGGAAUCUCGUUUUGGAAGCUACGAAGCACUCUUGUCACCGUUGGAUCACGGGAGGUAGAGCACACUAACAAAGUACAAAGCGCUUCUUCCGAUACCUCUCUACAGCACUACAGUGGGCAGAUAACGUUCAGUGAUGUUUGGCUUGAAAUUAACGAGGCCCUGGAUUACUCCACCCUGGUGCGAGGUGUGCACUGCACUGCUCAGCGACUGUUACCCACCCUGAUAGAAAGCCACACCUUUCUCUUGACCCCCGAUACCGGUGAGAUGGAACUCUACGGAACUGCCGGGUGUUUAGGGAAGAUACUACCCAGAUCUGGAGUUGUUUUCGAGGCGAUGAAAGGAAGUUUGCCCCUAGUUAAAGUUGGUCUACAAACCAACGAUCCUUUGUAUUCAGUACUAGACAUAUCUAGAUCUAACAUCAAAGAUAUUUCUAGGGUUACAGUGAUAAUCGCCCCACUGAAACAGGAUGCAAAGAGAAACGGCUGUUUUAUCCUGGUUACCAGCCUCAACUACAAUAUGACCAACCAGGAAAACAUCAAACUUUUGCAGCGAUAUGUGCAAAGUGCAGCAGUAAGAGUGGUGGAACACCAAACUACUAAACACGCCCACUGCCGGGCCGAGAAGAUGCUGAAUUUCUGUGUGGGGCUGUACCAGAUGAACUCUGCUAAUUUAAUUGAGACAAUUCUAAAACAAGUCAGAGAGACUACAGAUGCGAUGUUUACGGCUCUAAUGGUCCCAGAUUGUCACGAACAGGAACUGACUGUACACUUGUAUGACGGAGGGUUCCAGUUGGACAAUAUUACUAUUGAUCUAGGCUCGAGUUUAUUUAGAUAUUUGCUUGAUGCCAAUAAACCUGCUAACAUGGUGAAUGUUUCAAAGGACCCGCGGUUUAACCCUGAAUCAGAUACUUUAACAGGGCGUGACAUUCAGACGCUUGUAGCCCUCCCUCUUUUCUCUGAAUCUAAGUUCAAGACGAGGUCCAUCAUAUGCGCAUUUAACAAACGAGGACUUAAAUUCAACACUUUCACGAAAGGUGACGAAGACGCCCUGACCUUUACAAUGAACUUUUGCUCGCCCAUUCUGACAAACGCACUCACAUUCGAGCAGCAGCUGUCCUCACGAGAACGAACACAGGCGUUACUGAAGGUCGCUCAAAAUCUGUUCACCAGAUUUGACAACGUGCACGUGUUGCUGCGCGAGAUAAUGCAGGAAGCGAGAAUGUUAACCCAAGCUGAACGAUGCUCGGUGUUUCUAGUAGAUAAGAUGACGAACGAGCUUGUUGCCAAAGUGUUUGAUGGGACUCUGGUGAGUGGUAAGGAGAUAAAGAGUGGCCCUGAGAUAAGAAUACCUAUCAACAAGGGAGUAGCAGGACACGUGGCCAUGACAGGAAAGUUGCUGAACAUAAAGGACGCAUACUCACACCCACUCUUUUACCGGGGGGUAGAUGAAGAUACAGGCUUCGUUACUAGGAACAUCCUGUGCUUUCCCAUCAAGGAUGAUACAGGAGUGAUUGGUGUGGCACAAUUAUGCAACAAAACUGGCGGGAAGUACUUUUCACGGCACGAUGAGGAGGCUGCACUUAGCUUCAGCGUAUAUUGCGGGAUCAGUAUAAGCAACUCACUGCUCUUUAAGAAAGUUCAGGACGCACAGUAUCGGAGCAAGCUUGCUAGUGAUCUCAUGAUCUACCACAUGCAGGUGCCCCAAACGGAACUAGAUGGAGCCCUGCAAGAGGUACAAAUCACCUGUACUCUCCCUCCCAGCUUCUCUUCUCUUCUGUUCCCUACUUAUAUUGUGGAAGAAGAAAGCAGGUCGAUAUCCCUGGCGUACCACAUGUUUGAGGAUUUAGGACUGGUCAACAGAUGGCAGUUCAAUCAUCAGACUCUAACUAGGUUCCUUCUCAUGGUCAAACGCGGAUACCGGGACCCUCCCUAUCACAACUGGAUGCACGCCUUCUGUGUCGGUCACUUCUUCUACUCCCUAUGCAAAGCAGUGGAUAUCUCCAAGUACAUGACGGAUAUCGAAGUUUUGGCGAUGCUCAUCGCUUGUUUCUGUCAUGAUCUCGAUCACAGGGGUACCACCAACGCUUUUCAAGUUGCUAGCAGGUCAGUCCUGGCGUGUUUGUACAGCUCAGAAGGGAGUGUGAUGGAGAGGCACCACUUCGCACAAACUUUCUGUAUACUCAACACAUCUGGGUGCAACAUUAUUGAGGGCCUUGAAACAGAUGACUACAGAGCGUGUCUUGAUAAUAUCCAAAAGAUAAUAUUGGCUACCGAUCUUGCUCAACACCUAAGGAUUAUUUCACAACAAAAAGAAAUGGCAACGUCAGGGUACGAUUUCAACAACUCUAAUCACCUUCCUCUCUUAUCUCUGGUGAUUACGAGUUGUGAUCUGUCCAUCAAUGUUAAGAUGUUCGAGGAGAGCUCUGUUAUUGUCAGGGAUCAUAUAUACUCGGAGUUCUUUUCUGAAGGUGACAUGGAAAAGGAACUAGGCAGAACGCCUCUUCAACAAAACGACCGAAAGAAAGCCUGCAUCCCCUCCCUGCAGAUCAAAUUUAACGACUUCAUCUUAGCCCCUCUCUAUACCUUAUUGAUAAAACUGCUGCCCCCAGCCCAGGUCGUGGUAGAUCAGCUGGAGGAGAAUAGGCUCAUUUGGGAGAGUAUCUCUAUCAAACACAACCUGGAGGAAAAUCACAAUUGUGUCAAGUAUGACAACUAUACGUCCUGUAAAAAGUCGCAGCAACACAUAGAAAAGAAAUUGGGUAAUUACGCCAACAAGUUGAACAGUAAAAGUUUGAGGAGCAACAAAAAAGAUCUCGAACAGAAAGCUGCCGAGUGGAAUAACGGUCUAGACGCCGGGGAGCACACGAAUUCCCGCGAGCACUACAUGUUGAUCACAGCCUACAACGAGGCUCUGCUGGAAACAUACGAGCUGGACUUGGACUCGGAGAUCCUGUCGGGCUGUUCUUCUAGACCUUUCUCCAUCGUCACCCGGAAGUGCAGCGACGAUUCAAUCGUCAAGCGGAGAGGACUACAGAUGAGCAGAUCCUCACCACCAAACCAUGCCACCUGCACGUCUCCCCCUCCGAGGAGCUGCAGGAGUACCCCAACCACCCCCCUCAACCGACCAGACAAACCGGGGGGAGUUACGGGGGUGGAACCCCCAGAUUUGUUUAACCCUGAGAUCGGGAAUGACAACGAUAACAGGUUGAAUAGCCACAACCAGGCGGGUAGUCCGGUCAGUUCGUUCUCAGACUGCAGUCUAGAUAUCCGCGAACCUUUGGAGCACAGCUUUCAGAAUAUUAUGCACACCAGGGAGGAGUGGAUAUGACGUCACGUGAUUAUAAAGUCGCGUGAUAUGACGUCACCUGAUUAUAAAAUCACGUGAUAUGAAGUCACGCGGCGAGUGCUCAUCACAUUGUGUUCAGUUCCGAUUUGCCGAGGCAACGAUUCAAAUGGGACGUACUGGCCCAGCGUGUUGUAUUUUUAUUGUACAGAAUAAUGAUUUUGUUUGGGGACAUGACAUGCAACAGAGA